AUGUACAUAAUAGAUGGGAAAAUAAAUUCAAUUACAAUUAAUGUAUUUGAGAGUAAAUAUAUUAGAUGCCUCUGAAUUAUAAGGCCUAAUAACCAGAAAUGAUUGUUGAAGGCAUAGAUUUAUAAGUUUGCACAAUAUAAGAAGCAAACUUAUUUGUAUCAAAUAAAGACUAACAAACAUAAUAAGGUGUAGAGAAUUUAAAAUAACAUAAAUUAAAAAUUUGGGAGGAAUAGAUGGCAAAGUAUUUUGAAUAAUUAUCUCCUCCAAAUUGGAUUUAGAAAAUAGUUGAUGGCAUUUAUAAUAAUAUGUCUGUGUAAGUAAAAUCGUUUUUUUUACGAUUUUAUAAUUAUUCAAUUUUUGGUUGCGAAACUUAAUUAAAAAUUAGAGCUGAUAUAUAUAUAAAAGCCACAGAUAAACAAUUUUAAUAAAAAUUUAAUGGUGAUGUAAAUACUAUAUAUAAAUUGAUUGAAAUAAAAAAGUUAGGAGUAAUGUAUGUAAAAGCAUCUAAAAAAAAAGAAGAAUAAUAGUUAUUAAGUCCUAUUGACAUUUCAAUUAAAUUAGUAAUUAAUAAAAAUUAAGAUGAAUUGGGUAAACCAAUUUAAAAUUUAACAAUAAAUAUAGACACACCUAUUAUAUUUUAAUUAAAUAAGGAAUCAAAAAGUUAUUUAUUAAAAUUGAAUGAAGUACUUUAGAAUUUAGAGAUAGUUUAAGAUAAUUUUCAUUUUAGACCAAAAUGUGAAGUUAAAAAUAAUUAUGGAGAAUGGUGGAAAUAUUUGAUUAAUGCAGUUAUGUAAAAUUAAAAAAAUCAUAAAUUGGAUUUAGGAUAUUCAUCUAGAAGAUUAGUUUUAAUGAAAAGAUAUAUAGAGCUUUAUAAAAGGAAAUAAACAAUAAUUUUAGUACCUUGGUUAACAUGUUGGACAAUUUAGGAUGAAACUAAAUUUAAAAAGUGUGAAGAGUAAUUAUCUUUAAAAGAUUUAUUAAAAUAUCGAGAAUGGGCAUUUUAAGAAAUAAGAAUAGAAGCUAAGAGAUAUUAUCAUUCUACAAAAGAGGGAUAAAAUAAAUAAAAUUAAAAGCCAAUGUUAGAAAUAUGGACAAAUACUAUAAAUGAUUAAUAUGCUUUAAAAGAUUAAAAAAAAAGAGAUGAAGAACCUCCUAUUGAAUUGGAAGAGGAUGAGAAAAUUAAUUUAUAUGAAAUUCUUGAACGAGAUAAAACUUAAGUUCUUUCAAGUUAUUUAAAAGGUUAGAAUAAUGAUCCUGAUUAAAUAAAAACACAAAUAUAUGUUAGUGUUCAUUCAAUAUUUUUAAUUAUUUUAGAAAAUCGUCCAGCAAAUAUUGCAUAAUAUUGUCCUAAAAAUACAAAGAUUUUUUCUUUUUGUUAAUGUAAAAAAUGUAUUUAAUUAAUUAAAAAACCGUAAAUGAAUUAAUAGAAAACAUCAUCAUUUAAUUAAAAUAAUUCAAUAUCUGAAGUUGUUAAAUAAACUUAAAGAUAAAAUGAUGAUGGAUCUUUUCAUACUGCAAAAGAGAUUGAUAGUUUUUAUGAGGAAAUUGAAGAUUUAUAGAAGGAUGAUUUUUAAUUCUCUUAAGAUUUAAGUUAAGAUUAAAGAAAUAACAAUUCAUAAAUAAAAUAAAAUUAUGAUUCUAGUAGAACAAAUAAAUUAAUUUUGAUAAUUAGUUUAAUAGGUAUAAAGAUUCCAGUAUCUAUUUAUUAAAAUGGUAGACUUAAAACAAAUGAAAAUUCUACAAUAGUAAUUGGUGAUAUUAAAAUAUUUGCACCUGGUAUGGUUCCAAAAUUAUUGGAUUUUUAAAAUAAAUUUGAUGAAAAUAUAGAAAAAUAAUCUCCUUUAUUUAAAAAGAAAGAAAAAUCUUGGAAGCAAAAAAAUAAUGAAAAUAUAGAUUAAAAAUAAAUUAAUUAUUCUAGAGUUAGAAUUAAAAAAUUUGUUAAUGAUAUUUUUGAAGCUACUGUUAGAAAAGAUUCAUCAUUUUUUUAAGGUAGUGAUAUAUGUUUUUAAACAUUUUGCUAAUUUUUAAGUUAAAAUUAAAUGAAUAAUGUAUAAUGUUUUUUGAUAGAUUAUGAAAAUGAUAAACAAGGACUUUAAGAUUUUGAUAUGGAGAAAUUUAAAAAUUAUGAUAAAUAUUUUGUUGUAAAUGAGAAAGAGGAUAGAGAAGAUAUUGAUGAUUCUAUGUUAUUACAUGUUAUUAAACAAUAAAAAAAUGAAAAUAAAUGGGCUUUUUUAAAAUUAGCUGCUAUGUAGAAUUAUGAUAAAUAGAGUUAAAAUGAUAAUGAUAAUUAAUGGAUAAGUUGUUCUAAUAAAUAAAAAUUUUUAGAAGAAGUUCACAAUAAAAUUAUUGAUAUUAUUAAAAAAUCAUUAUUUGCUCCAUUUUUAGAAGAAUUUGGUGAUAGAAUUAUACCAUUAUGUAUUAUUAAUCUUAAAGAUAAACUUACAUUUCCUAUUGAAUCUAAAAAUUAUAAUUUAUCAAUAUCAUUAUAUUUAGAAGGUGAAUAAUCUAAUUAUAAAAUUUCUGCUUAAAAUGAUAAGAAGAAAAAAGUUUCUUCUUAAUAAACUUUAGAUGAAUAAUCUAAUGAAUAGAUUUCAGUUAUUUUUCAGAAAUGUUCAAUUUUUAUUUCUUCUAAAAGUUUAAGUUCUUUACUUGAUUUUACAUAGAGUACAGAUAAGACAGCAUUAAGUUAAGGUCAACUCUAUGUAACUUAAGAUCAUAAACUUUUGGAAUGUAUAUUAAAGUCUAAACCAUUAGGAUAAGAAAAUACCAAACCUCCUGGAAUGAAAUUUUCUAUUUAAUUAAUAGGCAAAUUAAAAAUUAGAAUAGUAUCAGAUUAAAUAUCCAAUAUUAUUAAAACAGAAUUAAAAUUUUAAAUUAAAAAUUUUAAUUAUUCUACUGUAAAAAUAGAUGAUUUAUUUUAAAAUAAUGAAAAUAAAUCUGGAUAAACUUUAUAUUAAUAACAUUAUAAAUAUUUUUCUGCUUUUCGAUUAACAAUUGAAUAAUUUAAAAUUGUUCAUAAAUAUUUUUCACAAGAUUAUAAAAAUAAAAAUGAAGAACUGAGAAAUUAUGAGAAAGAAUAACAUUCAGAUGAUAAAAAAAUUAAUUCAUAAAGUAAAUUUCCAUUUUCUAAAUAAACAUCAUAAUAAUAAGCUUAACCUACUGAUUCUAAGAUUUAAUAGAAAGGUUUGAAAAAUUAAUAAUAAUAAUAGAAAUUUAGAGAUCCUAUGUUUCACAUCAAAGGAAUUAAAUAAACAAUAUUGAAAACCUAAAUUGUUGCUCUUAAAUUUUAAGCUAAUAUUGAAAAUCAUGCUUUAUUAACAGAUUCUAAAAUAUAUGUUUAAAUUCCAUUUUUAAAUUUGAGAAUAAAUGAUUCUUGUAUUAGUUUUAUAGAAUUUCUUUUAAUUUUGAAAAACAAUAUAAAUUUUACAUAAACUCCCUAAUAGAAACAUAAAAUAGGAAAAAAUAGUCUUUUAAAAUCUGAAUUAGAUACUUUAUUUCAAAAUCAUAAAGAUUAGAGUUCUGAUUGUAAACAUUGUAUAUUGAAAUAUAGAAAAACAGUAGAAUUAACAAAUAUUUUAUUUGGGGUAAUAUAAGAGAUUACAAAAAGUGCAGAUGUUCCUUGUUGGUUUCAUAUUUUACAUAAUGAAUGUUAAAAAUUAGGAAAUAAUUAAAAUUUAUAAAAUAAACCUAAAAAAGAUUAAGGAAUUAAAAUUACUUUUUAGAGUACAUAAAAAGUAGCUAAUCAUGGUUAAUAUAAAUCUAUUUUAGCAUUUCCAAUACUUGUUAUAACAAGGGAUAUUGGUUAUUUUAAAAAUAAUAUAAUGAUUCAUUGUUCUGCUUCAAAAUUCAAAGAAAAUGGUAUAAGUUUCAGUAGAUAAAGAUUAGAUUAAGAUAGUGAAAUUAAUUAAUUUGAAAAAUAAAAUUAAAAAGAAUUAUCAUUUUAAAAAGGAUAAUCUGCUUAAAAAAAAGAUCAAAAUUAAGUUAAUUCAUCUGAAUAAUCUAUUAAAGAGACUAAUUAUUUUUUAAUUUAACCAGCUUUUAAAGUAAAAGAGCCACUUUUAUUUUGGUAAAAAUUAGAUGAUAAAUUUAUAUUUUAUUGUAGAAGCAAUGAAAAAGAUAUGUUUAAAUUAGAUCAUUAGAGAGAUAAUGAAGAAAAAUAAUAUGAAGUUAAUAGUUUAAUAUUAGAUGAAGAUUAAAUCUAAUAAAUUGAUCCAAAUCUUUAUAUAUUACUAUAUUAUAAUAAACCACUUAGAACAGAAUUAGUUUAAAAUAAAGAAAAUUUCCAAAGAAAUGAAAAAAAUUCAAAAAAUUAAAAAAAAAAAAUAUUUUUUUCUUUAUAAAUGAUUAAAGCAAUAUUUCAAAAUUAACAUGCUUCAUGUAAUGUUUUAACUACACUCUAAAAUAUUAAUAAGAUUUAAUCAAUUAUAAAGAAAGUUUAAGAUGUUGUAAAUUUUAAUUAUAAAUCAAAUGAUGAUGUAGAAACAGUAUAAUAAUUAAUAGAUAGUCCAAUUAAAUUAUUAGAUGAAAUGAUUAUUUCGGCUAAUAUUUAAAAUAUAUAUUUAAAGUCAAACGAAUCUUUUUUUAAAUUAUCAUAGUUUAAAAUUAUAUUAAAUUUGGAAUAUUUGAAUUAAAUUUCAAACAAUGCAAAAUCAGGCUUUCAUAAAAAGAAUUCAUCAAGUAUAGGUAAUUAAGAAGUCUUUUCAAGAAUUAAAAGUAAUAUUACUUAAGUUUAACCUUAAGAUGAUCAAUUAAUAGUUUAAUGUCAUUCAAUUAUCUUUAAUUUUAAUUUAGUUUCAAUAAUAGACAUUAAAUUAAUACACGUUUAAAAGUUUUCAGAUGCAUUAUAAUUAUAAGUAGAAGAUAUUUUAAUUAGUAUUAUUAAUAAUUUAAAUAAAUAAAGAGAGAACUUAUUAACAAUGCCUAAAAAGGAAAAAUAAACAUUAACAAAAACACCCAAUUAACUAGAGACUAAAAUAGUUGAAAAACCAUUAGCAAUUUGCAUUAAAUUAGAAUUUUAGAAUCUAAAUCCUAAAAUUAAUAUUUCUGUAUAUUAAGGAUAAAUAUAAUUAUCUUAAUAAAGAGUUUAAGAUUUAUUAAUAGGAUUGAAUAGUUUUUAUCUUUUAAAUAUUGAAGAAGCUAUUUAUUUAAGGUAACAUCUUUUAAAAUACAUUUUUCUAUAAGAAUUAGAAAUAAUGGGCGCUGAUCAACCCAAAGUUAUUAAUUUAUUUAUAUAGGACAAGAUGUAAAAGUAAUAGAAGUUGAGUUUUUUAUUAGAAUUAAAAAUGGAAGAAUUUUAAGUUGUAUUAUAAGAGAAAGACAAAGAAUUUUUCUUUUUUGAAUUUCAUUAGAUUUAGAUGAAAAAAAAAUUAAAUUAAGAGUUAGAACUUAAGAUAAAUGGUUUAGAAUUGAAACCAUAACCUAUUACGGGUGCAAAUAUUUAUUAUCCAAAUCUAAUAAAAUAAAAUGGAAAUUAACCAAUGAAGAUUUUAUUAGAAAAUAAUAUUGUACAUUUAGAAAAUGUUUAAUUUUAUAUGAUAUCUAAAUUUUUAAAUGAACUUGAUGCAUUUAAAUCAGAAAUAGAAAAAAUAAUUUAAAAAAAUAAAGAUGAUUUAUCAGAAAGGUAUUAAAGUGAUUUUGAAUUUUAAAUGUAAUUAAAAUAGUAAGAGAAUUUUGAACUUAAUAAAGAGUAAUUUAAUUAUUAAGUUCUAAUUAAGAAUUCCUAAGUAAUUGUACCAUAAUCAUCUUCAGAAAAAAAUUAAGUUAAAAUUUUAUUUGAUAAUGCAGACGUUAAGGUGAAAAAAGAAAAGACAAUAUCAAGAAUACCAGAAAUAUAAGAUGAUAAAAUAGAAGUCUUGCAAUAAUAAAAAUUAUUAGUAGAUUAUGAAGAUAAAUAUACAAAGAUUUCAGAAAAAUAAUUAGAAUUUUAAGAAAUAUAUAUAACAGAAAUAAAAGCAAAUUUUAGAAUGGUAUAAGUUGAUUAUGAGAUGUAUUGUGAUUUUGAUGAUUAAAAUCCAAUUAAGGGAAACUUAUUAAAUGCAGGUAAUUUUUAAUAUUAAAUUUUUUAGAUAGUGUAGAAGUAGAAAUGAAUAUUCCAAGUUUUGAAUAAUUUUUAGGAAUUAGUGGAUGGAAAUAUAAAGAUGGUUGUAUUAUAAAACCUAAAAGCUUAAAAAUGAAAUUAGAUUUAGGAAAACUAAUGAAAGUUUAAAGCUAUAUUGAUGAAAAUUUAUCUGAAAAGUCAAAUCUUUUUGAAUUUCAUAAAUCUUCUCUUCAAAAAAUAAAUUUUGAUGUAUUUUGAUUUUAAUAAAAAUAGCUUGAUUUAAUUUCAACUGAAGCAUCUUUUACAAGAUAUGGUUAAGUAGAAUAAGAAAAAUUAGAGAAACAUAAAAAUGCUAAAUUGUAUGAAAACAGUAAACAUAGAUAGAGCAAAUAAUUUAAUAGUCAUAAUCAAGCAAAAUAAGUAAAGAAACAAUAUUAAGAAUCUUGA